CUGACGACAACAUGUAGAUUGACUAAAAGUAUUCAAUGUGACGGAGCUAUAUCUUGUGGUUUUAACUAUUUUUCAACAUUUUAUGUUACUGCUACCACAUGAAGAUGAAAACAGCAGUGAAGAGUUCAACAACUACAAAGAGAGGAUUUGUCUCCUUCCUUCUCUCUUUAACAGUGGUACAGGCUCAGAGUGACUGGAGAGUGACUUACUCUUCCUCUCAGAUCUGUGCUGUGGAAGGAUCAACAGUGGACAUACCAUGUUCUUACACAUAUCCAUCCAGAAGGAAUGAGCAUGACACCGUAGUUUGGAGAUCUUUCUGGUUUGUGAAAAUGUAUGGAAACGACCCUUUGGAUCUGAGAAACCACCCAGAUUACAGAGGUCGUGUAGAGUAUCACUUUCAUGAUAACAGCUGCACCCUGAGGAUCACCAACGUCAGACAGAGCGACUCAGCUGAAUACAGAUUCAUGUUCAUGACAAACCAACCAGAGGGAGGAGCUACUGGUUCACCUGGAGUCACUCUGUCAGUCACAGAUCCAGAUUUACAUGUGAGGGUGAUUAAUACAACAAUCUUCCAUGGUCUUACCUGGAGAGAGCUGAACUGUCACAGCAGAUGUCUUCUUCCUGAUCGUCCUUCCUACGUUUGGUACAUAAAUGGACGCAGGAUUAUCACAGAAACAUCUUUCAGACUUUCAGGCUACUUGUUUCCUGCUGACAGUUACACCUGUGCCCUGAAAGGUUACGAGAGUUCUCCUUCUCCUUCAGUGUGUGUUGAAGGGGAAAACUGCAGCAGAGUGACAUACACCAACAGAAGCAUCUGCGCCUUUGAAGGCUCAACAGUGGAUAUUUCUUGUACUUACAAAAAUAACGGAGCAGUGAUUUCAAAAUUCUGGUUCACCCCUCAUCGUAGUCAGUCCUGGAGGUUCCCCUCAACUCCUGAGGACCUAAGAGAAGACCCCCAGUAUGCAGGUCGAGCUCAGGUCUUGGAGAAAGAGGGAGGGCACUCCACUCUGAGGAUCUCUGACCUGAAACAAAGCGAUUCAGCCCAGUAUCACUUCAAGUUCAAGACACAAAAACUUCAAUGGCACAACGAUUUACCUGCUACGUCUCUGACUGUCACAGCUCUACAGGUGCAGGUGACCAGAAUAAACUGGACUUAUUACACUGUAGUGUUGAAGUGUCACAGCAGCUGCAGUCCAGCUCCUCAUCUCUACAUCUGGUACAAAAAUGGAGGGAAAAUUCAGGAGGGAACAUCCUCUUUUUCUGGAUACUUUCAGCAUUUAGACAGCUUUGCCUGUGCUUUAAAAGGAUAUGAAGAUUUCCCCUCACCUUCAGUCUGUGUCCAUGGUCAAGACUGCUACAGAGUGACAUACAAUGUCAGGAACAUCUGUGCCCUUAAAGGCUCAUCAGUGGAUAUUUCAUGCACCUACUACAGCUAUGAGAGUCUUCAAUCAGUGUUUUGGUUCAGUCCUGAUCGUAGUCAUCAGUGGAAGAGAGGCACAGAGCCUGAAGACCUCAGUAAAGACCCCCAGUAUGCAGGUCGUGUCCAAAGCUGGAGAGGAGGAUGGAUUAUCACGUUGAGAAUCUCUGAGCUGAGAGAGAGAGACUCUGCUCAGUAUCACUUCAAAUUUAAAACAGCAGACUUUGAAUGGGGGAACAGCUUCGCUGGUACAACUCUGACUGUCACAGCUCUCCAGGUGAAGGUGAUCAGUGUAACAGUCCACCAGGAUUAUACUGAGGCAGAGCUGAGGUGUCACAGCAGCUGUAGUCCUGCUGGUGGUAUUUCUUAUACCUGGUUGAAGAACGGACAGAAAAUCCCGAGUGCUGAAAACUCUUCUCAUAGAGAUCGGCUUUAUCCAGGAGACUUUAUGUCUUGUGCUUCAAAAGGACUUGAAAAUUACGCCUCACCCUCUGUGUAUGCUCUGAAGACUCCCUCUGUGUGGGUGAGUCCUCUGGAUGAAAUAACAGAGGGCAGUUCAGUGACUCUGACCUGUAGCAGUGAUGCUAACCCAGCAGCUAAUUACACCUGGUACAGGAAGAACCAAACCCUGUCCAGUGAGGGAGCACAGCUUGUCUUCAGCUCCAUCCAGUCCUCUGACUCUGCAGAAUAUCAGUGUGCAGCUGAGAACCAGCUGGGGAGGAGAGAAUCUAAACCCGUCUUUAUCCAUGUCCAAUAUGCUCCAAGGCUUCCCUCUGUAUCAGUGAGUCCCUCUGCUGAGAUAGUGGAGGGCAGUUCAGUGAAUCUGACCUGUAGCAGUGAUGCUAACCCAGCAGCUAAUUACACCUGGUACAAGGAGAAUGAAGACUCACCUCUAGCUUCAGGACAGAUCUUCACCAUCACUGAUGUCAGAGCUGAACACAGUGGGAAUUAUUACUGUGAGGCCAAGAACACAAGAGGGCGCCAUAACUCCACCUUCACUCUGACUGUUGUUGUGACAGCUGGAGUGAAAUUACCCAUUGUUGCUGGAUUAGUCGCUGUUGUCCUCCUGGUUAUUGUGGCCGUUUCUGUCUUGUUCUUGAUCAGAAAAAAGAAGGCUUCCAAAGAACCUCCUCAGGCUGCAGAGAGACAAAAUGACAGGCAACAGGGAGAACCAGAGGAGCAGGAUGAGCUUCAGUAUGCCAGUGUACAGUUCUCUCCAAACCAGGCAGAUCUAUACUCCAACAUCAGACCAGCUCGGCCAAUCAGACACACGGAAAGACAGGACGUCUCUGAAUAUGCUGCUGUCAGGUUUACUGGGAAUGCCACAAGAACCAGGAGACCAGAAGAGGAUACUGCUGCACUGUAUAGCACAGUCAACAAACACCGAUAACAGCAGGCACUUUUUUAUUUUUCUAAAUAUCUCAUGUUGAUUUGUGUUUACACAUACAUUAGAUUUUAUCAUUUUAGUUGUUGGUUAUUCCAAUAAUAUACCACUGUGACAAUGAAAAUCAUAGUUACAAGACAACAUCUUUAUUUUACACACAGAAUUUUCCUUUUUAAAUCUCAGCAUUUGUCCUCUCUGCAUAACCUGUGCUGUAUUUAUCCAAAUGUUCAUGUUUAUCCAGGAUUAGCUAGAGUUAGUAUUUACUGUAUUUUAUGUGUCACUGUAACUUUAGAAGAAGUGGGACUAAAGAAAUCUGUAUUAUUCAAGUUUUUCAGUAAAUCAAUACAUUAGUUAGUAUUUGUUUCUUAACUUCAAAAGGGCGAAAUUAUCUGAUUUAGACAUAAAACAAAGACAGGUAAUACAGUCAGCACCAGUGAAUGGUUUGGAAAUGUUUUUUCUAGCUUUAGAAUUAUUUAGUGGCUAAAAUCGACUUGAUUUAACAUUUGUUUGAUGAAGCUUUAAAAGUCUCUCCUUGUUUUGGGUUGGUUUUAAAAAGUCUGUCUUAAAGUUGUUCUCCUUGGUGAAACCUCUUGAUGUAAUAUCUUGUAGUUAUAACUUUUGUAAAAUGCUUUUUUCAACUAUUUAUAAAUGCAUUUUUCAUUUCUUUAAAUAUGCUUAUCUAUAGAUUGAGUUAAUGAAUUCUUCUUCCUGCUGUCAAACUUCCUCUGCAGGUAAAAAAAAAAAUCAAAGAGGUUUUGGAAAAAAGACAUUGUUCUUCAUAUGGGUGCUGCUUGUGGUUCCUAAGUAGAAAGUACACAUGAGUCACUGCUAGAGCAAAAAGAAUAUGUCAUUGAGAUAUUUUAUGCAUUUGCCCCCUUUUUCGUUUUACAAGAAAAUGACGUCUACAAACCCUGUGUCAGGUGUCAGACAAGCUUUAGUUCUCAAAAAUCAUUGAUUAUUGAACUGGAAGCAACUGAAUUAAAAUAAAAUCAGAGAUGACAAUAAAAGCUGCAUGGAAGUUGAGAACAGUAGAAAAAUGCUUUAGGUAACACUCCUCUCUUAUCACUGCGAAACCACUGAACUUUUCAUACUGUGUGUCUACUGUAAUGGACAUCAAAUGUAAGUCACAUUGAGCAUGUUUGCAUGGAGUUAAGUACGUCUGUUUUGAUCAGGAUUUUCAAGGAUCCUGUUUAAUGUUUUAAAGGAACAUCAUCAACCAAUUUCAGAAAGCACAAUCAGCCCUUGCCCCAGUCUUGGACAGCCAGUUUUGCUCCCUGGAGAACUCUGUGGCUACUUGUUAGUUCGUUUUCUGACAGCUGUCAACUACCUGUGCAGGUGCAGGCUCAGCCAAAACAAACAUGGAGGUGGAAAUGAAAGCAACUAAGAAACUGGGUAUUCUCUUUUGGUCAUGAAUGCCUUUUUAAUUAUUGCAAGUUUAUCUGAGAGGAAACAUUAAAAUGCUGA